CUCAUUCUACCGGCCGAAUCUGAAGAGCAACACACCGAUUAGCACUAGCACCGCUGCGGGAUUGAUCUGCGCACUAUAGUCAGAUUGUUAAUCGCGUCUAAAAAGGCAUACACGUCAAAUAUGCCUUUGCCUGUGCAGGUUUUUAACUUUCAGGGGGCUGUGGAACCCAUGCAGAUUGAUGCAGAUCCCCAAGAGGACCAGCAGAAUGCGCCAGACAUCAACUACAUUGUGGAGAACCCAACACUGGAUCUAGAACAGUAUGCGACCAGUUAUGGUGGACUAAUGCGUAUCGAGAGACUCCAGUUCAUCGCGGAGCAUUGCCCACAGCUCAGAGUGGAAUCCUUGAAGAUGGCUCUGACUUUUGUCCAAAGGACUUUUAACGUUGACACUUAUGAAGAGGUCCACCGCAAGCUGUCUGACGCCUCACGGGAAGUCCCAGGUGUACCAGAAGUAGCUCCCGAAGGUGGGGUUGUCCCUCCUCCUUUGGAUUCAGCAUGGGCAGAGUCCACCAGGAAGAAGGCUCUGCUUAAAUUGGAGAAACUGGACACUGAUCUAAAGAAUUACAAGGGGAACUCAAUUAAAGAGAGCAUUAGGAGAGGACAUGAUGACUUGGGGGAUCAUUACCUGGACUGUGGUGACCUCAGUAACGCCCUCAAGUGCUACUCUCGAGCUAGGGACUACUGCACCAGUGCUAAACAUGUCAUUAAUAUGUGUCUGAAUGUAAUCAAGGUUAGUGUUUAUCUCCAGAACUGGUCUCAUGUACUGAGCUAUGUCAACAAGGCAGAAUCCACACCCGAGAUUGCAGAGCAACGAGGAGAGCGAGACAGCCAAAAUCAAGCAGUUCUUACCAAAUUAAAGUGCGCUGCAGGCCUGGCGGAAUUGGCGUCUCGAAAAUACAAAGCAGCUGCCAAGUGCUUCCUGCAGGCUUCCUUUGACCACUGUGACUGUCCAGAGGUGAGCCAGGGAUCGCUUCGACCAUAUUAUUCAGCUUGCAUAAAAAAUGGGAGGCGACUGUAUAAUGCACGGAUGUCUCUUCAGCUUUUGUCACCCAGUAAUGUAGCGGUCUACGGAGGUUUAUGCGCUCUGGCUACAUUUGACAGACAGGAGCUCCAACGCAACGUCAUCUCGAGCAGCUCUUUUAAGUUAUUUCUAGAAUUAGAACCUCAAAUUCGUGACAUCAUCUUCAAGUUCUAUGAAUCCAAAUAUGCAUCCUGUCUUAAGCUACUGGAUGAAAUGAAGGAUAAUCUUCUGUUGGACAUGUACUUGGCUCCACAUGUCCGGACACUGUACAGCCAAAUCAGAAACAGAGCUCUUAUCCAGUAUUUCAGCCCCUACGUUUCAGCAGACAUGACAAAGAUGGCUCAGGCCUUCAAUACUACAGUGGCAGCCCUCGAAGACGAACUCACUCAACUUAUCCUGGAGGGGCUCAUUAAUGCACGCAUUGACUCCCAUAGCAAGAUUCUGUAUGCGAGGGAUGUGGACCAGAGAAGCACAACUUUUGAGAAGUCGCUCCAUAUGGGCAAAGAGUUCCAAAGACGAGCCAAAGCCAUGAUCCUCAGAGCAGCUGUGCUUCGCAAUCAAAUCCAUGUCAAGUCUCCACCCAGAGAAGGAAGUCAGGGUGAACUGACACCAGCCAACAGUCAAACAAGAAUGAGCACCAACAUGUGAGUCAGAACCGGUAGAAAGGAUCUAGUCGUUUUUUCAAAAUCACUCACCUGAGUCACCUCGGUCCACCUCCCAUUUUCUUUGCUAAAGAAUAUAACAACACACAGUUUAAAGACUUUAAAGUUCUAGAUUGAGCUUUUGUAUCACAUCUCACGGGAAAAGAAAAACUGAAAUGAUGUGGAAAUGUGUUUAAGAAGAAAACGUGUGUGGAAUUUCAGCAUUUGAGCUGUUACUGGUUGGAGAUGCACUUUGCUCCGCUAGCUCUUUAUGGAGAAGACUUAUGAACUGUAACAAUGUUUUAAAAUAAAAUGCCUUCCAGAAAA